AUGAUCCGGCAAAAGUUACGUGAGCGCUUAGAUCGGCUGCGGCGAAAGCCAUCCCGUCUAUCGAAUGAUGCCGAUGCCAAUGUCCAAUCAACACAGGCACCCCAGAGAAACCUACUAGCCCCGACGAUUUCCGGGCCUGCUCCGUCUGUGCCUGCUCCGUCUGUGCCUGCUCCGUCUGUGCCUGUUCCGUCUGUGCCUGGCUCAAUAACCCACAAUCAAACAAGUACGUUGCGGCCAGCAGGCGACCCCAUUGAUAAAACCGGUAUCCAAUCCAACCAGGGCGCUCUUCUGCCUGGACCAAAGUCCAAUGAGACCAGUUCGUCAACUACCGGUAGCCAUCCCGACACAGUUCUUAUUUCUUCGGACCUUUGGAGCGCAGCAUACAGUGAGGCAGUUAGAAGUUUCGGAAAAGACUUGGACGUCGCCACCCUCCAAGGCAAGAAUAUGGAGCAGCUUUUCAAGCAGCUCGAAGCAUUGGACAAAGACUCCACUCAGCAGCCAGGAUUCCAACGGGGAGUAGGGUAUCUGCGUUCUAUCCAGGUGCCGCUUGAGAGAUUCAAGCUGGCAUUAGACCUGACUAGCCCAUUGGCGACAGGCCUCGGACCAACUACGUCUGUCGUCGGUGCGGUCAGAAGUGUGACAGCAAUUGCGAUCACUUUUGCGACUGCUGAUCGGGAGUUUGCCAAGCAAAUCGGAGAAAUGCUUGAACAAAUUUCCUAUAUUGAUGACUGCGACACACUCGGCCAGCAGUCAGAUAAACAAGAUAUACACAAAGCACUUGUUUCGGUGUAUCGGAAAAUGCUAAUGUUCUACCAAGCUGCAUUGGAAAUUCUGUCGAAGCAAGGGGCAAAAUUAAUGUUAAAGAUGGCCUUGGAAACCCACCAUCUCCCGCAACUCGUACAGGAUUUCUUAAGACACGCCGACGUCCUUCGAAAACUUGUACAGAAAGCUACGUGGGAGAUUGUUGAGGAUAUCAAGACAAUGCUCUAUGACCGCGAGAUUGCUAUUUGGUUAGGGAGCGACAAAAUGAGCGAUCAAAGCCAGUACCACGCUUCAUUACAAGACCUUCGAGCUGACCGAGCCUGCGAACCAUUACUUGCAAAUACCAAUUUCAUUGACUGGUACAAUGCGCCUGAAUUCCGGGAACUAGUAGUCCUUGGACAAACAGGCUGCGGAAAAACUGUUUCUAUGGCAUUUUUGGUAGACUCGUUGAUGAAGAUGAAUGAGCACCUGAUACCUCAGCCCAAGAUAUGCUAUUACUAUUGCCGAGGAAAUGAGACCGGAGAGGCCGUUCACAUUAUUUCUUCAUUGAUUUUGGCGCUCCUGGGGCAGCUGCCUGGUCUGAAGAAAACAUUUUUCGAAUGGUAUAAACAGGCUCAGGCUUCUGGGUGUUAUGAUCCAGCAACAGACUAUAGAAAACUAGAAGAAUUUCUAGAACUUGUCUUCCAAACACUAAACCGCCAACUCUUUAUUAUUAUCGAUGGCCUGGAUGAGUGUGGAAGGGGGUCGAGAUCCACUCUUCUUAAGCUAUUCAAAAAGCUCAGUCAAAGGAAUACCAGGCUUAAGGUGAUACUAUCUUCUCGGCCGCAAGAAGAGAUCCUAACCCAGUUGGACCGAAUGCCCAGGAUUUUUCUUGAUACUAAUGUCACACGAGACGGAAUCAUCGUUGAAAAGUUAGUUCAGAAAAGGUUAUCCUAUCUCUCGAACGAUGUUGCAGAAUUUGUCAUCCAGGUUUUAUCUCGAAAGGCCCAAGGAAGCGCGAUAUGGGCCAAAAUGGUAAUUGAUCUCAUCGAAAUUCGAGGAAUUAGAGCCCCAGGCCCUAUGCGGCGAUUCUUGGAGGAAGAACCGUUGCCCAAAGGGCUUUAUGAGCUCUAUAAUACUUUACUUUCGCGGUGCACGGCAGAUGACUUUGAAAAUGAAGCGCUCGCGCAUACAGCGUUAAGGUUACUUGCUGUCUCCCGCAGGCCUCUCAGUAUUCUGGAGCUCGCCUGGGCCGUUACUUUGGGUGCGACCAAAGAAGACAUUCUAUCCAUCUCUGAUCUCACUAUCCUGGUAGACUAUCAGAGAGUGAUGAGCCUUAUUCAUCCGUUUGUUACUCGCCUUGACUUUGGUGACCUUAAGAAACGUCAAGUAGGACUGGUUCACCAGUCCGUGAAGGAGUUCAUAUUGAGCGAAUGCGACCCGACCCCUCCUCUGCUAUUAAGCUCUGGUUCUAGAGCUUUUCACAAACGGCAUAUUGGCCAAAAUAUUGAAUAUAUGGAGGCGUGCGCACUGGAAAUAUGUGUCAAGUAUCUUCUUCUAGAGGAGAUUGGCAACCAGACGCUAUUUUCUGAAGAACAAAUAGCUAUCGAAGAGCUGCCUCAAGGUUUCGACCUGUUUGAUAGCGACGGAGAAACAAUCGAGUAUGACCCGUAUUGCUCGUGGGAUGCAGGGGAAGAAAACAUGAUACUGUACGAUCCAGCUGACCGCGGAUUUGGCGAAUUUUUUGCCUACGCUUCAUGCUACUGGGUUGACCACUUAGGUGCUGUAACGAAGGAACCUCAAUUGCAUCUACCAGGUAUUGAGAAGCUAUGUGAAGCUGGAUCAACUCGAAUUCAUAACUGGAUCGAGCAAAAUCGCCGCCCAGGCUGCACUAUUAAACCCAGGUUUGAAUUCGACGCCUCUUUGUACGAUCCAGUGACAAUCAUGUCGCUGUACGGCUCAGAUGCUAUGCUUCGCUCCAUGCUUGAGGAAUCAGACUUCAACUCCAUGAUCUUUUAUAAUCGGCCAAUUUUAGGGGCUGCUGAUCAGAUCAUCCAAUGGGGUGAUCUUUCUCGGCUCAAGAUACUUUUCCUGGAUGACAGAGUUGGUCAGCAGCUCCAAAUUUUGGACUUUUUUUUGCUCCUGAUGAGUCGUUGGUCUUACCCACGUGUACAGCAUCAGAGCUGGGACUUGGCCUUUGACCUCAUCAACCAGAUGCUCGACUUGGGGCCGGCUAUUGAGCAGUGGGGCAAUGAACUCCUGUGUGUGGCUGCGGGUAUGGGCUGCAUGCCCGUGAUCUGCCGAUUGAUGAUGCGAGCUCGACGAGACACAGUACUUAGGAUCGAGCUGUUACGUGGAGCCCAGCGUGAACAAGGAACCCACUCUAUGGACAAGCCCCUGCAUCAAUCGAUUGGGGAGGCUGUGUGGUGUAACCAUGUACAUGUCGUGGAAUACUUGCUAGGCGUGGAGGGCAUCGAAGCGCACAUUGCCUAUCUCAACUCACGCGGCGAGAAUAUUCUCCAUCUGGCGUCAAGAUACUGUAACCCAGCCGUGUUUCGCAUCUUGACUCCCCGAUUCCAGCUGAGCAUGCAACAGAAGGACAAUUCAGGGAAUACCGCGCUGAUGCGAAUUAUGACGAGCUCUGCCUUGUUGCAAGAUCGACUUGAGUCGGCGAGAAUAUUGCUUUCGCAUGCUGCGACUAUUCAAGAUUAUGGUUCUCAGGAUGAGCAGCAGGAAUCUCUUCGCAUGGCCGUUCGUCUCGGUGAACUAGAAAUGUGCGAUGUACUACUCUCCAUCGGUAGAGCUGAUCCUCGCUUACUCUCAAUACGCAAUAAUCAAGGGGAGAUGAUUUUUCCGGGUGAAAUUACCGAUAAUGAGGGACUUUUGCCGGCCAUAGUCCAGCUGUUACGCAGACAUGCUGGAACAACAUCUUUGGACACUGACCUGUAG